AUGUUUCCAAUUCAGCUUGCUCGUGCGAGCUUUGAAGAAAUUGUAACAGGCAGUGCUGGAAACGAUCAUGAUUGCCUGAUGCAAUCAUUCUUGUCACUCCUUCCUCCUGGUGAGGAACAAAUUUUGGCAAAUGCUCUAAGCGGCCGAAAAUUUGACCAAAAUGAAGUUGUUGAUAUUCUUUCAGAGUUUGAAGUGGGUGUUCUUCCCACGCCUUCCAACAUCACUAGCACUAUUAUUCAAGUGGCCAAGGCUGAACUUAUUCACAAGCCAUACAUAGCGUUGAAGAAAAUUCAGGAGACGAUGCCUCAAUUUUGGAAGGCUAUCUCACGUGCACAUAUCGAGGUGAUGUAUCAGCUUACCUACCCAUCAAAAGAAAAUGUAUUAAAGAUUUUGUCAAGCACACCUGCUGAUGGUUCUGAGGAGAGAGUUUUUCAAUGGCUUUGUCGAUAUGUAAAGGAAUCUGAUGGUGAUGUUUUGGGGAACCUUGUCCGAUUCGUCACGGCGAGUAGCGUAGUUAUUCCCGGUGAAUGCAUCUCUGUUAGAUAUGAGGCAAUGCCGUUACUUGCAAUGCGACCUAAAUCCAAAACAUGUUUUAAGAUCCUUGUACUCCCAAAGUGUUAUAAUACUUUUCGAAGCAUGAAAGACAAUUUAGAUUUCUAUUUAAGAAACCAGUCACAAUGGGACCUUGAAGACUGA